GCUGAGCAGCAGCGGCAGCGGGGAGCUAAGUUGGCGGAGAUGAGCUGGGCGGGGAGGCGCUGGGGCCGGCGGCAGCGAGCUGUGCUCUGGGCCGUCCUGCUGGCGGCGUGGGAGGCGGCGUGGGGGCAGCUGCGCUACUCGGUGCCCGAGGAGCUGCCCAAGGGCUCGUUCGUGGGCGACGUGGCCAAGGACCUGGGGCUGCAGCUGCCCGAGCUCAGUGAUCGCGGCGUUCGCAUCGCAGAAAGAAGUCGGAAGCAGUACUUCUUUCUGCACCGUAAGACGGGACAUUUAGUGACGGCGGAGAGGAUCGACAGAGAGCAGCUGUGCGAGCGUGUGCAGCAAUGCGUGCUGCGCUGUGAGCUGAUCGUGGAGGGGGAAAUGAAGGUGUAUGAUAUAGAAGUAGAAAUCAAGGACAUAAACGACAAUGCGCCCACCUUUCGAGAGGCAGAAAUAGAGCUCAGAAUGAGCGAGACAACAGCCCCAGGGUCGCGGUUUCUCCUGCCGGAUGCUCAUGACCCGGACUUGGGCCAGCAUUCCGUGCAGAGCUACGAGCUGAGCGGUGACGAGCACUUCUCGCUGGCCGUGCAGGCGGGCCCCGGCGGCGAUCAGCGUCCCGAGCUGGUGCUGGCCAAGGCGCUGGACCGGGAGGAGGCGGCGUUUCACGAGCUGCUGCUGAGGGCGAUGGACGGCGGCGAUCCGGCACGGACGGGCACGGCUCGGAUCCGUGUGACCGUGGUGGAUGCGAACGACAACGCGCCCGUGUUCAGCCAGGCGGAGUACACGGUGCGUGUGCCCGAGGACGUGCCCGUGGGCUCUGUCCUCGUCACCGUCACGGCCACGGACGCCGACGAGGGGCCGAACGGACAGGUGAAAUACUCGAUUCAGAAAACUACAGAGAGAGCCUCGCAGAUUUUCCAACUGGACAGCCGCACGGGAGCAAUCACCCUGUUGCAGAGCCUGGACUUCGAGGAAGGCAAUUCCUACGAAUUAGAGGUGCAGGCACAUGACGGUGGAGGACUUUUCGACACUGCCAAAGUUUUGGUUACCGUGACAGAUGUGAAUGACAACGCCCCUGAACUCACAGUG